AUGCCUGUGGAUGCAUACAGCCCCCCAGGCCCUCCAGGCAAGCGAGGCAAGAAGGGCAAGAAGGGUGACCCCGGGGAGGCUGGACCUCCGGGGUUAACGGGAGCGCCGGGGAAGAAUGGAUUCCCGGGUAGCAAGGGCGAGAAGGGCGAGCGAGGCUUCAUGGGGCCGAUUGGGCUGGACGGACCUAAAGGCGACCCGGGCCGGCCCGGUGACAAGGGGCAGAAAGGAGAGCACGGCAGUCCCGGCUUCGACGUCUUCUCCGCUGUCAAGGGCGUGAAGCGAUCCGUGGACAAUUUUAAGAUUAGUCCGUACACAAGCGCAGAGAUCAUAGCCGUCAAGGUACCAAUGAACUGGCCCAUUGUCGCCAGUGACGCGGGGCUGCAGGCUGCCGGGCACAACAUCUCCGCGCACACCGUCAUUCAACUCAAGGGAGAACCCGGCGAACCGGGGCCUCCAGGAGCACCAGGACCUCAAGGAGUAGAAGGUCUUCCAGGUCACGAGGGACGCGCAGGACAGGCCGGUCCCUCGGGCCCACCUGGACCUACUGGUCCCGUUGGACCACCUGGCCUCGUCGGACCACCGGGCUCCAUAGGCCCAGCAGGUCUCAAGGGUGACAAGGGCGACAAGGGCGAACGUGGCUUCACAACGACUCUGAAGGGCGACGCUUUCCCCACUGGCAUCAUCGAAGGUCCACCCGGCCCUCCCGGCCCGCCCGGUCGCACUGGAGAAGCAGGUCCACGCGGGCCCGCCGGAAUCGAUGGAGCUCCUGGCACGCCUGGUGUGCAGGGACCGCCCGGUAAACCGGGUGAGAUGGGUCCGAAAGGUUCCAAAGGUGAAUACGGCGAUAUGGGGUCUCCUGGCAUGCUAGGCGCUCCCGGCUUACCCGGCCCACCCGGAUACCCCGGCCUCAAGGGGGACAAAGGAGACAAGGGUGACUCGAAGUACAGGAAACUGCGGAGAAGACAGGGAGAUGGCACCGGCUAUGAGCUCUACGGACACGAAAUUAUGAUGGGUCCUCCGGGAGCACCGGGCCCAGCGGGCCCACCCGGCGUGGCAGGCCCUCCCGGCAUCAAGGGAGACAAGGGGGAGCCUGGCGUUAGGGGGAAAGCGGGAGAAAAGGGUGAGAAAGGCGACGCUGGUCCGAUGGGAUUACCGGGGCCGGUGGGACUGCCGGGCGAGCCGGGGCGGACCGGUGACCUGGGGCCCAGGGGUCCGGUGGGCAAGCGCGGGCGCAAGGGCGACAAGGGCGACAAAGGUGACCAGGGCGUGCCCGGCCUCGACGCGCCCUGUCCGCUCGGGCCCGACGGCCUGCCGCUGCCCGGCUGCGGCUGGCGCCCUACCAAGGAUUCGGUGCCGGUGCUGGGACGCGGCGGAGCCUCCCCCGAGGCGGAACCGUCGCCCGACGAGGCGGAGGACUCUGGCGAGGCGGACACGGGCGAUGAGUACGAAGCGGGAGACGAGCUCGACACGCCUCGAGACUACGACGACUACACUGAUAACGCGCACCACUCUCACCACCACGACUGA